AUGUGCACCAAGCCGCAGUUGCUGACCUCAGCGUGUCGGUGUCACAGUAACGGGUCGGUGUCGGAGGUGUGCCAUCAGGAGACCGGCCAGUGCCAGUGUCGACAACAUGUGCUCGGACGCCAGUGUGAGGAGUGUAUGCCGAACUGUUGGUGGGAUGGCGAGUCUCAGUUGUGUAUGCCGUGUCAGUGCAGCGCUCGGGGCUCGGUGUCCCAGCGCUGCGACUCUGAGGGCAGGUGCAUCUGCCGGGCCGGGCACGUGGGCCGCAGGUGUGACCUCGUACGCCCGGCUCACACCCGCAGGGAGACCCGGAGACCCGUGCAGCAGGUGCCCAUCAGACACAUCCAGAGAUGGGAGAGCAGAGGGGGCUGCCCUCGAGGGGCCUACCGCCCCAGCACAGGGUCGGGGUUUCACAUGCAGGGCUCCCAGGGCUGCGUCCCAUGCCAUUGCAAUUCCUUCGGAUCGAAGUCGUUUGAUUGUGACGAGAGCGGUCAGUGUCGCUGUCAGCCUGGCGUGACGGAACAGAAGUGUGACCGCUGCGCUCCAGGACACUUCAGCUUCCAGGAGGGCGGCUGCACACCGUGCCAGUGUGCCCACGUGGGAAAUAACUGCGACGCUAACACAGGUCAGUGUAUCUGUCCGCCCAACACCGUGGGAGAGAGAUGUGACAGAUGUGCGCCCAACCACUGGGGUCACGACAUCAGCAGCGGCUGUAAGGCGUGCGGCUGUGACGCGCUGGGGUCCGUGACGCAGCAGUGUAACGUGAACACCGGCUGCUGCAUGUGCCGAGAGCAGUUCAGGGGCGAGAAGUGUGACGAGUGUAAGCUGGGGUACAGAGACUUCCCACAAUGCAUUUCCUGCCAGUGCUCGUCGGCCGGCUCGUCGGAGGACGCCUGUGAGGCGGAGUCGGGCCUCUGCGCGUGUGCCGACAGAAGCGGCCAGUGCUCCUGCAAGGCUAACGUGGAGGGAGUGAGGUGUGACCGCUGUAAGACGGGCUCGUUCGGCCUCAGUCGCAGGAAUCCUCUGGGCUGCAGUAAGUGCUACUGCUUCGGCCUGAGCAGCUCCUGUACAGAGGCCACCGGACUCAUCCGCAUGAGAGUGUGA